AUGUCCUGAGCUGCUGGAGGUCUGUACAACAUGCCAGGAUGACACUGAGGAGUCUCUCGUCCCUGGCUUAUAAAGAAGCGAUGGUAGGAGCAUGGUGGCACAGUUGGUUUCUGUGCUUGAGGCUGCCCCUGGUUGUCCCAAAUCCUUCAACUGUACCAUCACAAGGAACCAACAGCUUUACAAGAGGCUUCCUGGGUCUGGAUAAAUGCAAUGCCUGUGUGGGAACUUCCAUAUGCAAGAAGCUUUAUAAAGAGCAAAUAAGGUAAGGUGGUGUUUGAAAUCCUCAACUGCAUUUGCCCUCAGCUAACAGGACAUCUUAUGAGGUUUACACAGAUGAUUCGGAAACCUGGCGGCCCGUUGUUUUGUCACGCCUGGUUUCCCCCAACAUGCACCAGCUGGCUGACAGAAGCAUUUGCAUCUCAGCAGGCAAAAGGAAAUCCUGCAGCAUUGAGGCAGUUCUGAGAGCAACGCCACGUUUCCAGAACUUGGCCAACUCCAAUAUCCUGUUACCCAGUAUGGUGCAGGGUCUGGUGACGCCAAUGCUGCGUUGUCCAUCUCAGAGGCUGCUGGAUCGAAUUGUGCACCGCUACUUUGAGGUAGCUGAUGUGGGCAAUGUGCAGAUGAAGCAUUUCACCAAUAAGGACAAGCUCAGACUGCUCUACACACUGGCUGUCAAUCAACAGCCUCUUAUACUGCAGAUGUUUCCAGGCACUGAGGGCUGGCCUUUCCCACGUUAUCAUGGUUCGUGUGGCAGACUGAUGGUGUGGGCAGGCUACAAACCCCUGCGGAGCCUGUACCCAUCACCACUGGCACACAGAGCUGAUGCUGCCUACCAGAUCCUCCACAUCACCCAGAGCUUGACUUCCAAUAGUCUCUACUUCCACCUUUACUACACCAGUGUUUCAGAGGAGAUAUUUGGUAUAGCAGAGGAUGGAAGACUCUUCAUCAUGGAUGCCAGCACAAUUGGGAUCAUCGACCUGCAAGAUGGAUUCCACACUGAUGCAGACCCACUGGAGAACCACAUGGACAUGUUCUCAUGUUUGAGCGGAUCCUGCAUAAGAACUCCCUGUGAGAGCAUUCAUCCCACUCAGAGCUUUGCCUUGCUCUGCAGACACGUCCUGCCCAAACUGCUCACUUCUACAGACAUCCAAUCUUCUGGACUGCCCAGUAUAGCCAUCGCAGAGCUGACUGUAUGCGCAGACCAAGCACAGUCUGAUCAGAGGAUACACAAAGCUGUUCAAAUCCUUAAGGACACCAAUACUGAUUAUGGAUACAGGUAUCCUGAAUGCAGGUACAGUGACAAGUUUUAGAGCAUCAGCUUCAAUAAUAAAUUGCAAUUUUGUGAGAAUGAUAUGCACUGCAUAGGUCUCAUAGCAUAAAUGAUACAGUUGACAUCACACAGCAGCCACAUUUCCAUUCAAACUGUUUAAUAACUCAAACAGCUGUCAAAUAAUUUGACAGUGUUUCCGUACAUUUCUUACGAAACAGUUUAAUCCAUGUAUAGAAAACAUAAGAGAAAUGGUAAAACAACGCUGCUCCAUAAAAUUUAAUGGUGUGUACUCUCAAAAAAUAACAGCAUUCCAUCAACAAAUAUUUUCAAGCAAUAAAUACACAUUUAUAAAUAGUGUAAA